UGUAUUAACGUUCGGAUAUCCUUCUGCAUUGCGGUGCUAUAUAAUUACACACAUCUUGGCUUUUGUUCAUUUUCAUGUUUGGAUUUUUAAUUGCCACCAGAUAUUUUCGAAGUCUAAGCAUGAACCUGUUUACAGUGCUUGUCGUUUUGGUAGCAGUUAUCUGUUGCAAUAGUCCCUGUUUUGGUAGAGACAUUAUCAAAAGCAGGAACGAACAUCUUCUCUUUAACCAAGUUGGUUCUUAUCUUCGUACCGGAAGACGUAUUGUUGCAUUCACUGCAGAGUUGUCGAUAGACACGAAACUAGGGACGAACCAGGCUGUGGUAUAUAACGAAGUUUUGCUUAACAAAGGAAACGCUUACAAUCGCUUUCAUGGUCAUUUCACUGCACCUGUAAGAGGAAUCUAUCUAUUAUCAGCCAGUAUGCUUGUUAAACAAGUUGGAAAGCAUAUAUUAUUAGAUAUGGUCCACAAUGGUGUCACAAUUGCUGUUUUAAGAUCGGGAAGCUAUUAUAACACACAGUCGUCUAGGAGUUUCCCAGUUAUGUUACAACGAGGUGAUCAAGUAUGGAUGCGAACAUCUUCAGUUGCAGCAUCUUCCGUUGGUUACACUUUAAUAGGAAAAGCUCAUUCUAUGUAUAACUCAUUCUCUGGUGUUCUCUUGAAUAAGUUUUGAUGGUUUUGUGCUGCUUUACUCACAUUAUAUUAAAUAAAAUUAGUAUACAUUA